AUUAGUUGGCAGUGCAAACAAUUAAGCUGUCAGUUUUCGGGCGAAAAAUGGUAAUUUCACAGGCACCCAUUUUCCCUGGCAUUUGCAGGCGUGACCCCUUGACCUCCGGAUUGACGCGAAAAUGAAUUAAUUACUCAAUCAGGCGCCUUAUCUCUGUUGUUGACAGUUUCUCUCUGCGACUUGUCGUUUUUCUCGUCAAAAUAAAAUUUACAAUCACUAUUUGUGUGCUUUCUCGCCGUCCUCUGGGAUUUCCCAAGAGAAAAGUCCCGAAAUGUGGCUCCACAGACCAAUUUGGCGCGCCGCAAAAAGGCGCAAAUAUCGAAAACAUCGCCUAAAUAAAAAAUCGUCUGUCGACGAAACAGACAAAUCCACAGAGUUCUCCAAGAACACUCAGAAAAUCCAUUGUAAUUCAAAAGCACUAUUGAAAUUAUACAAUUUUAUGGCUGAAACACUUUUUUAGACGCUCAAUUUGUGCUUUGAAUACUGAAAUUUCUUUCGAUUCUCUCAAUAAAUUAUUUUAUUACGUAGAAAUUUCCUUCGACGAUCCACUGAAUUUCUUUCCGAUUCGCAAUUUGGUAAUUAGGCGCUGAACGAAGCGAACGAAGCCGCCUGGCGGGAGAAUGAGAAACAAAAUUACUGGGAAAACGACGUACAAAAUUUGAUUUUUGCUUAUUUUCUGAGAUUUUCUUUACCAUGGAUAAGAAAUUAGAGCUGUAUCGGAAGGUGAUUGAGGAGGAGAGGCAAUAUUCGGAAGACAUUUCGCCGAUUCUCAAGGAGCUUUCGAGAAAUGUGGCUGAUCUGCUGGAGAUUGCCGCACAACAAGGCGUAGAGGGGACUGAAAGAAAGCGUCUGCUUGAUGAGGAUUACGCGAAGAUUUCUGCCCUCACGAAGUCUCUCCAUGCGAAGGUGAAAUCAGUCAUUGUGGGACAGAAAAGCGCUUCAGAGCCACCAAAUGAAGGAAUUCAGGGCCCUACGACGCCUGAGAAUGCCCAAAAGGAGCUGAUAGAGGUGCGCAAGCAGAUGGAGAGCAGCAACAAGUCCUUCAUCUCCAUGGGAUGCUGCAUCACGGAACUCCUCAGCGUCCUGACGCAAGAAGACAGCAACACGAGUCGCCUGAUCGAGGGAUUUGAAGCCCAAAUCCGAGUGUACUUCAAGUUUGUGGAGCGCACGCUGAUAUCGUACUUCAACAGCGUCCACGAGCGCGAGAAUAUGAGAGCGGACGCAGGAUCGUGA